GCCCUAGGCGGCCGAGGAGCCGAGGAAAACGUGAAACCCCCACGACGUAGGAACCGACUUUAUAAAAUUGCAGGAGCUCUAGAAAAAUCGUAAAUCGUCUCACGAGUCCAAUGCCGUUGGUUAAAUUCCGAUAUCUAUAUUAUUUCCUGAAAUAUCGGCGAAAAAAGGGGUGACCCCAAAGUAUCGGGCCCUUUUCGCUCUAGGAGGCCAAGGAGCCGAGACAAACAGGAACAACGUAAAAAUGGGUAUGCGAAUUCCUCAGUGCUAUGUCCACAUUUCCUAUGGAACGUGGAAACCUCGAUUUUUCUGUCAUCCCGAUACUCCCAAGAAGAAACCAUGUUACCACGAAGAGAAUAAUAAAUCAGUUCAGCAAUAGCUCCAUCAGGGACAUCAGACACCACGUGAUGAUUCAAUCAAUAUGAACCUUUCAUCACGAGUUCGAUUCCUGCGCAGGGAUAAACACGUGUUUUUUAAUGCCUGUGACAUUGCUUUAUCCGGCUUCUGAAGUCAAUGUAACUAAAGUGAUUAAGUCAACGUUUUUAAAGGCCAGAGUAUCCGAUCCCAUGACGUUAUUCAUUGCCCUCACCGCGAAUAGUUACAAUACCCCUACGAGUCCCUCCGACUUGUGGUAAAAAUCAUCUUCAAGGUAAACAAAGUUGGUAUGGAUUUCACCCACAAGCGAAUCCACCAAAUUUUGUCAGCAAUAUUAAAACCGCUUAUCAACUCGGUGAUUGAUGAUAAUAAUCGGCUACCGGCGAACGAAGAGGACAGUGAAUAAAUUGUAAUAAUAAAUAGGAAAAUGACACGAGAAAUUUUCCGAGAAGUCGACGACUUCUGUCGCAAGGAGAAGUCAUCGCAUCACUGGGCUGAUAAUAAUAAUAGGGAGGGAACUUUUGAUAGUGAUUGUGAUGAUGAGGUGGAUUACUACCCGAACUGUGACCCCUCGGUUUGGAUGAGGUCCUGCGACGAGGAAGUCAUUACUCCGAUGUCUGGUGAACUGCGCGGGGUCAUCCCCGAGUGGUUGUGUGGUACACUUUUAAGAAAUGGACCGGGAAGUCUAAAAGUUGGAGAUUAUCAGUUCGACCAUUUGUUCGACAGUUCAGCUCUUCUGCAUAGGUUUCACAUUUCCGGUGGACGAGUGACAUAUCAACGGAGAUUCGUCCAAACGGAUGUCUUCAAGAGGAACCACCAAGCGAAGAGAAUAGUCCUGACUGAAUUUGGAACGAAAUCGGUGCCCGAUCCCUGUCAAACGAUAUUCCAACGAAUUGCGGCAGUCUUCAAUCCUGAUCCUGGAUGGGGGUUAUCCGAUAACUCCAUGAUAUCGGUGUAUCCAUUUGGAGAUCAGUACUACACCUUCGCCGAGGCUCCAUUCAUCCAUCGGAUUGAUGCUGAGACAUUGGAGACUAAGGAUCGAAUCUGCGUUUCGGAUUACAUUGGUGUGGUUAACCACACUUCACAUCCCCAUGUGACGGAUGAUGGGACAGUGUACAAUGUUGGAUUGAGCAUAACUGCAAUGGGACCUGCUUACAGUGUUGUAUGUUUUCCAUCAGUUCCCUGUGAUACUGGGAGUUCCAAUGACAAAUCCAUGUUCGACAGAGCAUCGAUAGUGGCCAGUCUUCCAGCGAGAUGGAAAUUAAACCCCUCGUACAUGCACACCUUCGGCAUUACCGAGAACUAUUUCAUCAUCAUCGAACAGCCCCUGGCAGUGUCGAUGGUGACAAUGAUGACAUCUAAAUUAAAAAAUGAACCACUUAACUCGGCUCUCAAGUGGCACGACAACGAUAAUACAUUAAUUCACGUAAUAUCUCGUGAAACCGGUGCCCUGGAAAGGACGUUCAUCGCUGCCGCUUUAUUCUACCUCCACAUAAUCAAUCAGUAUGAAACAGACAAAGGGGAUUCAAUCGUCAUUGAUAUAUGUUGUUAUCGAAAUGCCAAAAUGUUGGACUGUAUGUACGUCGAUGCUAUGAGAAACAUGCACAAGAAUCCCGAUUAUUCGAAAUUAUUUCGAGCAAGACCACUGCGAUUUGUCCUACCCAUGACGGAUAAAUUUACCGAUAUCAAGCCAGACGCGAAAGCAAAUAUUUUCGAGAGGAUAGCCUGUGCUCGUAGACGAGGGGACGGAGCCCUUUUGGUAAAUCCGGAAUUAAUCUGCAACUUGGGGUGCGAAACUCCCCGUCAUAAUCCGAAGUACCUGGGGAAAAAGUACCGAUAUUUCUACGCUAUUUCCAGCGAUGUCGAUAUAAAAAAUCCUGGAACGAUAAUUAAAGUAGAUACAGUUAAGAGAUCGUCAUUGACGUGGAGUGAGGAUGGGCUUUACCCGAGUGAACCGAUUUUCGUGGCUCAUCCAAAAGCACAGAAUGAAGAUGAUGGAAUUAUUCUGAGCGCUGCAAUAUACGGGAAAGGAAGAGAAUGCGACAUAUGUCUCUUGAUUCUCGAGGCUAAAUCGAUGAUUGAGAUAGGAAGAGUAACAUUUCACACUCCAGGAGCAGUUCCCAAGUGUCUACACGGCUGGUUCACCCUCGAAGCCUCCCAAAAAAAUAAAAAUGAUGAUAACAACAAUAUUUAAAUCUACAACAUCAAGGGAAAUCCGAGCGAAUCUGGAACAUUAAGUAAACUAAAUGGUGCAAAUAAUUCUCAGCUUUAAAAAAAAUAUUUUCAACAAAA